UGCCCAUGCUUUGCCUAGUGCUCUUUGUGCUGUGUCUGAGCCACUCAGAUGUGGCUGCCUUCAGUUCAAUCGCUGAAAAUGAGGAUGUGCUCCUCAAGCACUUAUUUCAAGGCUAUCAGAAAUGGGUCCGCCCCGUGGAAAACUCCAAUGACACCAUCAAAGUCCUUUUUGGAUUAAAGAUAUCACAGCUUGUGGAUGUGGAUGAGAAGAAUCAACUGAUGACAACGAACGUGUGGCUGAAGCAGGAAUGGAUUGACCACAAGCUCUCCUGGAAUCCAGAGGAAUACGGUGGGAUCACUGCCAUCCGUGUCCCUUCUGAGUCCCUGUGGCUUCCCGACAUUGUUUUAUUUGAAAAUGCUGAUGGACGUUUUGAAGGAUCCCUGAUGACCAAAGUCAUAGUGAAGUACAAUGGAGCGGUGACCUGGACACCACCAGCCAGUUAUAAGAGCUCCUGCACGAUGGACGUGACCUUCUUCCCCUUCGACAGGCAGAACUGCUCCAUGAAGUUUGGGUCAUGGACGUAUGAUGGCAGUAUGGUGGACUUGAUUUUAGUGGAUGAAAAUGUAGACAGGAAAGACUUCUUUGAUAAUGGGGAGUGGGAGAUCUUAAACGCCAAAGGUAUGAAAGGCAACAGGAAGGAUGGGCUGUACUCUUACCCAUUUGUCACUUACUCCUUUGUUUUGAGACGCCUUCCACUGUUUUACACUCUUUUCUUAAUAAUCCCUUGCCUGGGAUUGUCUUUUCUAACUGUCCUGGUGUUUUACCUGCCUUCAGAUGAGGGAGAAAAGCUUUCAUUGUCUACAUCAGUUCUAGUCUCCCUCACUGUUUUCCUUUUAGUGAUUGAGGAAAUAAUCCCUUCUUCUUCCAAAGUCAUCCCUCUGAUUGGUGAAUAUCUGCUGUUCAUCAUGAUUUUUGUGACCCUCUCUAUCAUCGUGACUGUGUUUGUUAUCAAUGUCCACCACCGCUCCUCAGCAACUUACCAUCCCAUGGCUCCCUGGGUUAAAAGACUCUUCCUCCAGAAGCUGCCUCGGCUGCUCUGCAUGAAGGGCCAUGUAGAUCGUUACUCCUUCUCAGAGACAGAAGAAAAGGAAACCACCUUGAAAUCAAAGCUCCCAGGGAAGCAGAAACACAGGCAAGCAAAAGACGGAGAGAAAAUUGUUAUUGCCUUUCUGGAAAAGGCAUCUGACUCCAUUCGAUACAUUUCCAGGCAUGUUAAAAAGGAGCAUUUCAUCAGACAGGUUGUCCAAGACUGGAAAUUUGUAGCUCAAGUCCUGGAUCGGAUCUUCCUGUGGUUAUUUCUGGUGGUGUCAGUGACGGGUUCAGUUCUGAUCUUUACCCCUGCGUUACAGAUGUGGCUGAACAGCACUUUGUAGAUAGUGCUCCCACAGUAGCAUACAACAAGUAUAAUGCCAAGGGAUGGUGAUGCCUUCGAGCUUGGUCUCUAUUGUACAGAUGGGAAGCAACAGCAGGAAUGAGGGAAGAUGAUGGUAACAGCGGGCAUUGACUACUGCUUUCUGUCUUCAUACAACUCUACCAGUUACAGAUUCGGCUGAGAUCAGAGAAGGACUUAGUGCGCAGCUGAGUCCUAAAGUGAAUUGGGGUUGCACAAUUGGGUUAUAAGUAUUUUACUGGUAGCCUGGUUAUAUUAAAAUAACAGCCAAGAUUAUUAGUUACAAUUGGAAAUAGUACUUCUGGCACAAUGAUUAUACUUAAAAGGCAGAUCGGUCAGUUAAAAUGCUACUUUAUAAAAGAAGUUAUAGUAGGAACA